AUGGAAUCGUAUGAUCAUCACGCAGAUAAUGUCAAGUUGCAUAAAGCUGUUUUAUGUCUCUUGAACGAAACACGAUAUCAUUGCUCUGUUAUUCGUGAUUUCAAUCUUCCGUCAGAUUAUCUGAUUGAUGACACCAAAUUACCCGUGAAAAAGAAAAAGGGUAGGACUAUUUCUAGUACUAGAUCAAAAAGAGAUAAAGACAAAGAGCGAAAAAGAAAUCAAAGAGCAUUUCAAAAACAAUUGAAAGAUUAUCCCGAGAAAAUCUCAGCUACCCGAUUUCAAACUCUAUAUAAAACCAGUUCAACGUAUAGAGAAAAUAAAUUGGCAUAUAGCAGAGACAAAUACAGCAGUAAUUUAUCAUAUAAAGCAGAUAAAAAGCUUGCUUUAAAGAAAAAGUAUAAAUCGAAUACCCAAUUUAGAGAGUCACGAAAAGAUUUUAUUAAGAAUAAAUACAAAUCGAACAGUCAGUUUAAACAAUCACAGAAGGAUUAUAUAAAGAACAAGUACAAGUCAAACAAGCGAUUUCAACAAGAACAAAAAGAUAGAAUUAAUAAGAAAUACCAUUCAAGUAUUUCAUUUCAAAAAGCACGUAAAGAAUACAUUAAGAAAAGAUACCAGUCCAACAUUUCAUUUCAACAAUCACAGAGGAAUUACAUUAAAACAAAAUACAAGACCGAUUUUUCAUUUCAACAAGCACAGAAGGAGUACAUUAGGAACAAAUACAGAUUGAACUAUCGUUUCAAAUUAGCAGUUAAAAAAGCCAGAGCUGAAAGGUAUGCUACUGACAUUGACUUUAAACAUAAAGUUAAGGCACUAAACCUUCUCCGAUAUAGACAAAAUGUAUUAGUCAGGGAGAACUGCAAGAAGAGGCAGCUUGAACUAUACAGACGGGAGUUACAAUAUAGAGAAAAGAAAAUUUCUCUUGUACAAGCGAGACGUUCAAACACUGGAAAUGAUAUAGCUGAAUGGUUUAGACAACAAGUACAAGAUGGUCCGAUAUACAUUUGCUCUGUAUGUAUCAAGUUAAAGUUUAGAAAGCAAGUUGUUCAAUUGGACACGGAAAAAUAUUUAAAGAAGGGCAAACAAAGUGCAGCAGUGGCGAAUCAGUGUAUCACUUUUGAUUUCAAAUCCACUUGUACUGCUGAUUGUCCGAUUAAAUGUGAAACCAUAAACCACAAACUAUGGAUAUGUUACACUUGCCAUCGUCAUCUCCUCAAGAGUGAAAUUCCAGCAGACGCAAGUGCAAAUGGUUUACAGCUUACGCCUAUUCCAGAAGAAUUAAAAUCUCUGAAUUUAUUGGAGAAACAGCUUAUUUCUCAACGAAUACCGUUCAUGAAACUUGUACAACUGCCAAAGGGAAACCAGAGAGGCAUUAUUGGCCCCUGUGUUUCAAUACCAACAGAUAUUCAGAAGACUGUUACUAUACUCCCUCGUUCUGAUGAUGAAACACAGCUUGUACGGUGUAAAUUAAAAAGAAAACAAUCCUACAUAGGUUACAGUCAAUAUGCAUUUAUCAGUACCAAAAAGAUAUGCAAAGCUCUGGACUGUUUAAAAGAAUGCAACCCAUAUUACAAGGACACAUUGAUCAAUCAGACAUGGCAUGAUGGAUUUUCUCCAGAAUUUGAAAAUUUAACAAUGGCCGAGGUUGAUAAUGAAGGUAAUCCUGAAAUUUUACAAGGACAGGACAUAAAAAAACAACAGAGUCCCGAAGAGCCACAAUAUGAAGAAGAUCAAAAUGUUAAGGAUUGGGGCUUUUUAUCAGACACGUGUCUACAACCUGUAGAUAUAGGACAGGAAAUAUUAGAUCAACACUUUGACGACAUUUUUUGUGUUGCUCCAGGGGAAGGCAGUACACCAGUAAGCAUGAUGCAGGAAGAAGGCAAUGAGGCGAUGUCCUUUCCGGCACAGUUUCCACAGGGAUCCUUUGGGUCAUACGAUUGUAAAAGACCGGUUCACAUCACAAGAUCAAGGUAUUUUCAUGCAAGACUCCUUAGUGGUGACAGGAGAUUUUCCAGUGAUUCGUCAUAUAUAUUUUAUGCACAGUACCUGUCAGAAUUGGAACAAGUUAUUUCUAAAGUGUCUAUAGCGCUUCGGAAGAGUACUGGAAAAGAUUCGACAGGUAAUGCUAUUACAGCAAGCAUGUUGGCGGAUAGAAACCAGCUGAAAAAUCUAUUGAGUACAGAUCAGGGGUAUAAAUUUAUGACUCCUAUUCGAGGAACACCUCCAUAUUGGCAGACUGCAUUAAAGGAUCUCUUAGCAACAGUUCGUCAGCUUGGGAUUCCUACGUGGUUCGCGACAUUUUCAGCUGCCGAUAUGAGAUGGACAGAAGUUUUACAAUUACUUGUAGAGCAACAAAAAUGUGGACAAUCGUUGGAAGAUCUCGACUGGACUGGUAAAUCCGAAGUUUUGAGAAAUAAUCCAGUAAUGAACGCGGUCAUGUUUGACCACAGGUUUCACACUUUUCUGAAAGAGAUUAUCCUUAAACGUAAAAUAAUUGGAAAUGUAAAAGACCAUUUCCAUAGGAUAGAAUUUCAACAACGUGGCUCUCCUCAUGCCCACUGUCUUUUUUGGAUUGAGGAUGCACCAGUGAUUGAUACGGAUGAUGACCAGACAGUGUGUGACUUUGUUGACAAAUAUGUAAGUUGUCAGUUACCAGAUGAAGCAAUUGACCCAGAGCUCAAUGCAAUAGUAACCAGUGUUCAGCAGCACAGUAAAAACCACUCCAAAUCUUGCCACAAAAAGGGAACCACUUGUAGAUUUAAUUUUCCUCGCCCCCCUUCUCAAAAAACUUUUAUCUCGAGACGUAAAAGCCUAGCAGAUCCAUCCAUAAAAAAGUCUCCGCAACAAAUGAAAAAUUUUGCUCAAACUGUUUUGCAUAAACUUUGGACUGUUUUACAAGAUCAGCAUUUAGAAAAUAUUACAACUCAAAAUUUGUUUGAAGCUGCCGGAAUCACACAAAAAGAGUUUGAGGAAGCAUCAAAUAUUCUUACCAAGAGGAACAGUGUCACUUUAGUACGUACUCCAUCUGACGUGUGGAUUAACCAGUAUAAUCCUGAUCUGUUGCGUUGUUGGAAUGCGAACAUGGAUAUACAAUUCAUCACAGAUGUUUAUGCAUGUGUGGUUUAUAUUAUUUCAUAUAUUUCCAAAGCAGAGAGGGAGAUGGGAGUAGUUUUGCAAAAUGCAAGUAAGGAAGCAGCUGAAGGUAAUUGUGAUGCACAGCAGGCAAUGAAAAAGAUUGGGGGAGCAUACUUUAGACAACGUGAAGUCAGUGCACAGGAAGCUGUUUAUAGAGUGUGUGGUCUUCAUCUUAAAGAAAGUUCUAGAAAGGUGCAGUUUGUUCCUGUCGGUGACAAUCCUAUUAAAAUGAGUCUUCCAUUAAACGUUAUUAAAAAGAAAGCUAACCAACUUGACGACAACGAUAUUUGGAUGCCGUCUUUAUAUGACAAAUAUAAAGCAAGACCAGCUGAGAUAAUGUUUGAAAAUGUCUGUUAUGCAUCAUUUUGUUCUGAAUUCUAUGUUCUAUCUGCAUCCCAGAUACCUAAAAAUCCUGAAAAAUCUAAAGUUUUUAUGUUACAAAAUGAUUUGGGUUCCAUAAAAAAACGAUCCAGGACUGAUUCGGCAGUUAUUAAAUAUCCUAGAUUUUCACCAGAAAAAUACCCUGAAAUGUAUUUUCAGUCUAGUCUUCAGCUAUUUCUUCCUCACAGAACAGAAGGUCAAUUAAAACCAAUGCAGUUUACCACAUAUAAGGAAAUGUUUUUACACGGAGCGGUUUUAAUACCCCCAGAAACAGAACUGCAAAAUGUCAAAUCUAUUGUUGAUGCGAACAGACAGAUGUUUGAAAAAAAUGCGGAAGCCUUGGAUGAAGCAGAAGAGAUGUUACUAGCUGAUGGACCCCAGGAAGAUGCAUGGGCUCUGAUUGCUCCUGAGUCAGAAGCAGAACGGUUAGAAGGACAACAGGACAGAAAACAGAUAAAUGAAGAAGAUAGUGUUGAAAUUCCUGAAUUGGACAUUACAACUAAACAAAAUCAACAAGGCAAUGAUAUUGAAAUAAGACAAACCGUGUGUCCUGCUUCACAAAUAAAAACGUUCAUGCAGCAACUUAACCCAGAACAGAAGGAUGUAUUUUACAGAAUAAGGCAAUGGUGUAUAGACAAGGUGAAUAACAAAAACCCUGAACCAUUCCGAGUAUUUAUCAAUGGAGGUGCUGGAACAGGAAAGAGUCGUUUAAUUAAGUGCAUGUUUUAUGAAAUGACUAAAAUAUUAUCCCCUUAUUCCGCUAGUCCUGAUGAUACAGUAGUCCUUUUAACUGCUUCGACAGCAACUGCCGCCUUUAAUAUUGGAGGCACUACACUACAUCAAGCCUUUUCACUGCCACCAUCUCUACCAUUCCCGUACAUCUACCUGCGAGAGGAGUCCGUUAACAAACUUCGUUCAAAGUUGCAGAAUCUCAGCAUUUUGAUAAUUGACGAAAUCUCUAUGGUUGGUCAGAGAUCACUCUUGUAUAUAAAUGAGAGAUUGAGACAAAUCAAGCAAACCGGAAAUGCACCUUUUGGAAAUAUUUGUGUAAUUGCUGUGGGAGAUUUUUACCAGUUGCCACCUGUUAAACAGAAAUGCCUGUAUGAUUUAAGACCUGAAAGUUCCUUUCCACUUUGGAGUUCUAACUUUUCAUUAGUAGAGCUUAAACAGGUCAUGCGUCAGAAAGAUGAUUCGGUUUUUGCACAUUUAUUGAACCGCUUGAGAAUAAAAGGAAAAGAUCAGCUUAUAUCGCUACAAGACAAAUCCUUGUUAGAAUCAUGUGAACAGCAUACUAUCCACCCUGAAACACUCCACAUUUUUGGAACUAAUAAAGAGGUUGAUUUCCACAACAACCAAAUUAUUGAAUCGGUUUGUAAAACCACUCAAACUAUUUGUGCACAAGAUUACGAUAAACAUCCUCAGACAGGAAGGCUAGCACUAAGAGAACAGCCAUACACUACAUCAAAUGAUUAUCUUCCAGCGCAUUUGAUUUUAGGACCGAAAGCUAGGGUAAUGCUUAUCAGAAAUGUGGACGUGGCAUGCGGUUUAGUUAAUGGAGCAAUGGGAACUAUAACUGAAGUGUUACCACCAAAACGGGGAUGGGCUAUGCCCGAAGGAGUUAUGGUACUAUUUGACAAUGAGAGAAUUUGCCAUGGUAAAACAUCAUUAAAAUGUAAACAUCGGCCUAUCAUGAUUACCAAGUUUGAGGAAAAUCUCCCCAAAAAAGCUGUCAGGUUUCAGUUUCCACUCCGAUUGGCAUGGGCCUGCACGAUUCAUAAAGUACAGGGUUUAACUACUGAUGCAGCUGUUGUGUCUCUCAAGAACAUAUUUGCUCCAGGUAUGUCCUACGUUGCACUUAGCCGUGUGACGUCAAUGACAGGACUAACCGUCAAAGAUUUUGAUGAAAAAAACAUAUACUGUAAUGAGCAGAUAGGUAAGGCUCUCAAACAAAUGCCUCUAUAUUUGACAGUUAAAGACAAACCAAUACAGCAAAAUGAUAUGGUAAUAAUCCUUCAUAACAUCCAAGGACUUGUCCCUCAUAUAAAUGACAUUAGAUCAAAUUCAGACAUUUUAUCUGCAAACUUUAUAUGUUUGACAGAAACAUGGCUGAAAAAGGAAACGGUACCAUGCUUAAAAGGUUUUAAAUGUUUGCAUAAAGACAGAUUUUCAUCAUAUCCAUCAAAGAAAAAUGUUUUCAAGCAACUAAAACGCAAAACACACGGUGGUGUCGGAAUUUACAUCGGAAACGAUCAUGAGUGUUGUCCAAUUACACUUGAUUCAGUAAACAUGGAAUGUUUAGUGAUAUUCAUCAAGGAGAUUAAUACCAAUUUAGUCCUUAUUUAUAGAACAGAAACGUACCCUCCAUCUGUAUUUUUGGAUGAAUUAUAUGAAGUGCUUAUUUCGUUACCACAGGAAAACGAAAAUACUUCAACAAUAGUUUUGGGGGAUUUUAACCAGGAUGUUUUAAAGAAAAAAUCAUCUAUUGAACAGUUUAUGGCAACACAAGGAUUCUCACAAGUUGUUUCCCAUCCUACAACAGACGGUGAUACCCUUAUUGACCAUGUCUACCUCCAUGGCAAUUUACAGCUUUCUGCGGAAAUUAUUCAGACCUACUACAGUUACCAUAAUAUGGUGUCAUUGAAUAUUAAAUUGCCAAAUAUGUAA